AUGGAGCUAGCCCUGUGUCAGUCACCAGGAGCAGAGGUUGAGGACGCGUUCGAAGUGGACAGUGAAGCUCUUGCAGCUCUUGCGGCUCUUGCACCUGCUGGAGCACUCGCCCGCGAGGAGCCUCGCAGAACUCGUGAAGGUGUUGGAUCUCGGAAUACCUCAGAGCAGGAAACGAAUUUCACGUUCUUAUCGUUUCUUGAGCAACGGUUGCAAACCUACGGCUCUGUCACCGCACUCAAAACGAAAAGCCGAGGCUACACACCUGAUCCAUGGCUUGAGGAAAACCCCGUCAACACUUUGUGCACCUUGCGCCAAGGAUCACUCGUGAUAGUUGUUGGCACUGGGGAACUAUGUGCGUACUUGGGAGCCUCACCAUACACCAAAGGUUACUCAAUACUUCGUCACUUGCAGAAGCUCUCGCUGAUUUCUGUACCAGAUGAUGUCAUUCUAGUGGCAGGGCAAGAGGGUAUGCCCAGACCAGGUGACAAGGCAGUCUUCGUGGGACUUGAGAAUCAGAAGCUCAACGGCUGGCCAUGCGAAUGUGGACCAUGGGGACAGUCUCUGCCUACGGACCGCAUGUUGCCGGAAGAGAGGAUGUCGCCCAAAGAAGGCACACCACCGGAAGUCGUGCCACUUGAAGAAGGCAAGCUGCCAAAAGAAAACACAGCAUCAAAACAACAAAAACCAGUGCAGAAAAAUGGCCCACCACCAGAAGGCACAACCCGAGAAAGAUUUUUACCUGAGCCUGAGACGGGAACAAUGCAGCGAGCAAACAUGUCGGAUGAGGAAGAAAUACAGCAGGAAGUCCCGCAUGAAGCAGUCUUGCGUGACAACAGCACACGGCCUGAAGAAUGCAAGACCCAGGAGGAUGGUACCGAGCAAAAAGGAAGCCUGUCAGGGCACGGCUCAUUGUUUCAUGAAGGCAUGAUGCAUCAGGAAGGCACAGGACAGGAAGAAAGUAUACCGCCUGAAAGCAGGAUGCUAUGCAAAGGUGACUACACCAUGGCCACCAUUGGCAAAGAACCAAGCUGUCAAGGAAAGGAAAGGAAGGAGAAAUGGAUUUGGACUCUGUACAGCACCCCAGAUGCGAAGGAUGGCAUGAACAAACUCGAGAACAAAAGGCUACUACUCGUUGAUACCUCCAAGCUUGCUGUACUUCCGACGGAAAUGGGCCGUAAGGCUGGCACGGUGCCUAAGAAGUUCUUGCGACCGCUGGGAUGGACUGAGCAGGAGGAUCGUUUACUACGGUUGGCCCAAAGACAAGUUGGCGAUAUGCUACUGGAUGCGGGCUUGACUCCAGGAGGAGAUGCAGACAUAGCUUUCAGAGAACUUCGCAAAGAGCUUGAGAACAAGCGACGCUACUUCGAUAGCAUGGCGUCGUCAAGAGCCUUUGCAGAAAUCAUCGGCUCCAUGAGCUAUGAAUCUCAUUGCAAGCAAUUUGAGGACAGGCGCUUGAAAGACCACGCUUUCCUGCGCAGGCUGCUGGGCGAGCCCGACAGGCAAAUCCACGAUUCAGUCUUUGCAGCCCCAGCAAGGGUGCCGAAAAAAGCAAGGAGAAUAGGAGUGGCACCAAAAGCAAAAACAAAGUGCUCGGAAGAGACGAGCAACUGA